AUGCAUGGACGCUGGAUAUUGGAGCUGGAGACAGACAAUGAGGCCUAUUCUUGCCUGGCUGGAUUGGGCAUUCUGAGGUCGCCUGACCUACAGGGUUUUGGAACUGAUGACGUCUGCCAGGAGGAAAACUCUGCUGCCGCAGACGAGAUGGAAGUGAUCGCCUUCCAGGAGCUCCCGGUGGCACUCUCCAGCACUCUGAGGUUCGCAUCAUUCCAUCCAUUCGGGGCUUCCUGCGCACGCGAAUGCGAGGUGGCAAUGGGUGGCCUGCAGCGGUCGAUAGAGGUGCCAGUGCCUACACAAAGCACUAGCCUGAAAUGUCCUACUAAGCAUCGGGCAGGAUCGUGGGUGCUGCUAAAAGUCCCAGUCUUGAAGUUCCAGACUUCGAAGGUGCUCAGCAACCUGGCCAGUCAUCGAGGAUUGCACCUGGUGUCUACAGAUCGCCGCUCCACAGUGGAGAGACAGUGCACUGGUGCUAUGUUGUCCGGAUCCGGGCUUCAUCCAUCCAUUCCUGGCGAUGCGUGA